CUGCAAACAAUCCAGAACCACUUUUAGGUUAGGUUAUUCAAAGUAUAAUUUGUAACGUGUUAUUAGAAAUAUAUUUUUCUAAUAAUUAUUACUGAUUUUUAAAUAAACAAACAAGAUAGGUAAUAAUUGUUGUUAAUAAAAGUGUUAUUUAAUAAUUUACAAAAAUGCCGACCUACGAAAUGCCACUGUUAAUACGUAUUAUGGCUAAGCCAGAACUCACGACUACUUUAAAAAGAGUUGCUCAAAUGAUUUUUGAUAAAGGUGGUUUUAUUAGAAAAAUGGAAAAUUUUGGCAAAAAAGCAACACCCUAUAGAAUGUCAGUACAUGAACGUGUACAUAAAGAAGCAAAUUAUUUUGUUUUUUAUUUUGACGUACCACCUUCGUUAACUUGUCAACUUCAAGAUGAAUUUAAUCGUGAUAUUGACAUUGUCAGAAGUAAUAUACUUAAACAUGGUGAAAUAACACCUUUUGAUUGCACAUUGAAUGAAGAAUUAUUACCACCACCUUACAGACCGAGUGUACAAAAAUUAAUGAAAAUUAAUGAAAGAGAAGAAAAAAAGAAAGAAAAAUAUAAAUUCAAACAUAAUUCUGGACUCUCGUACUAUCCUUUCCAAAGGUAAUUCUCUUUUAAUUUUGUUAUUAGUACAGUAUAUUGUUUAUAAUAAAAAUAAAAUAAAUAUUUAAAAAAAAAAUAAUAAUAAUUUACAAAUUAUUAAUAGGAAAUAUUUAGAUAUGAAAUAAAAAUACAAACCUUAAUUAGAUGUUUUUUUGGUUUAAAAAAAAAGGAAAAUUUUUAAAUUUUUGUGUAGAUAAAUUUUCUUUAUUAGUUGACACUUCAUUUUUUUUUCUUUUUUUUUAUUUUUCAUUGGUAUCUUGAAGAUCCUACAAAUAUUUUAAUCAAAAUACAUUUGUACAAAAUAUGGAAUAUAAUUUUUUUUUUCUCUCUAAAUUUUUCGAAACUUUUUAAUAUAUAGAGUAACAUAAAUUAUUACUUCCCGUGUAACAAUUUUUAUUUUUUUUUCAAUCAAUUCUGUUACACUUCACCAAAAAAUAUAGAAUUAUUAUAAUAACAGUAUAAUAAAAUAUCUAUAUUUGAAUGUUUCAUACAUAUUCUAUUUUUUGUAUGAAAAAGAAUAUACGCUAUAUUUGAUUUCGUAUAUAAUUAAAUGGUUUCGUCUAACAAAAUAUAUAUAUAAACGUUUUACUCUUUUUAUAAUGACAAUACAGUCUUUGUCGUACAAUAACCAAAAAAAAAAAAUAAAAUU